UCCAUCCUGCAGCGAUGCAAGCGAAUUGAGCGCAACGGCGCGGCGGUGGCCUUUUUAAUCAUAAUACACCACUUGCAAUUGCUAUGCAAAUGCACAACCCUUCGCCGCGCUGAGUCACUGAGCAUCUCGGAAGUCUACCGACGUCAUAUUCGAGGCCUUGAUGGAGCACCGCGUCGUCGAACGUUCAUGUACUGGAUUGCGGCGGCUAGCAAAUUUGCAGCCGUUGCCCUUGGAGGCUCGAUUUACACCCUGGCGAUCGUUGCAUUUGCGAAUCUGCGGGUGCCCCUGAUGAAGUCCGUCGGAAACCUUGCGUGGCAAUUGUCAAACUUGCUCCGAGAUCCUGAACCCACUACACCGGCAGGUCAGGCCAUUAUUGAGCACAUUAUCCCAGCCGUCGCCAGCCUACGCCACUCACUUCCUUUGACCUUCGAUACUCUGUUCCCACAGAGAGUCCUGGCUGAUCUCAACAUGUCAACGGACACGAUGGCAUGCUGGAACCUAGUACAGUCUGACGAGGCGUUGAGCUUGCUGGAUCUCAAUACGUUUACACCUAUCCCUAGAAAUCUCGCCGCCUGGGGGCCAUGCACUUCAAUACUAGAAGAGUCUCAGCAUAUUCACCUGACGUCCGUUAGCCAUCGCAUAUUCCGACUUCAAUACGAAGAUUCAGCCAGCUUUGAUCCGCCCUCACCCUUGACGGAUAUCAGCGACAAUGAGAUGGAGGGUGCCAGCAGCUGUGCAGAGGUAACGGACGAGCCGUCACCGUCUAGCUCGCAUGGCGCAACUGUAACGCUGCAGGGUUUUGAGCUCUGUCUCGACCACCAUCAACGGUACCCGGUACCACAGGACGAGGACGAGGCCUUUGCAUGGACUGAAGAGCAGUGUUCCCUUGCCAAGGCAGCGAGCGAACAUGAGAGUCUGACUGAGUUUAUAGCAAAGGUACGAACCAUGCCGAGUUCUAUUCCAGGCACUUAUCUGACCCGUCCAAGCUGUCGAGCAUGUACAGCAAAGGCUGUCGGGAUAGAGGAUGAGCACGGGUCUUUAGUUGUCUGUGUUUUCUCAAGCAUGCCGGAAUCUAUGCGACAGACUCUGGCGUCGAAGAUGGUCGCAUGUUUCGAGGCACAGUCGGCCAAUCUUGAAGAGACUGACACAGCGUCCGAGGGCAGAAGUUACCGCUUCCCAGCCCUACACUUCUCUUGGUACAAUCGCCACGGCACAAGGGGACACGAUAUCCCUCCAAACGUGCAUCCAAUGCUAUUGGAGAAGGAAGAUCAUUCCCGCACUAACUAUACACAGAUGCUUCCGUAUCCCUCUCGCGACAUGAAGAAGUAUGAGGAGAUAUAUCAUAAUCUAGAAGAGAUUCUCGGAGAAGUUUUUGAGUACAUGGCGGAGCAGGCAAGAUAUUUACCUGACUCAUUGCUCGAAGAGUACGAGGUCCUCAGCAUGGACGCUGAGAUCCUCCCAGGAAACGAGCACUCCAUAGUGCAUCCCUUCCUCUCACUUGUAAUCAACCUCAACGUCGCCACUUUAGCUCAC